AUGUUGUUAGCACCCGUGUUCGACGUUUUCCGCAAACUCAGACUCGACGAAAGCAUCACUAAAGUGGAAUGGCGUACCUAUUAUCCAUAUGUGAAAUCAUUCGAGAACAAUGAUGUCAUCGAUAUAACGGUUAAUCAAGCAGAUUCGUGGUUGGCCAUGUUUGAAGGUAUCAUUACCAUCAAGGGUAAAUUAAAGGUGACCGGUGGUGGUACUGGUACAUUAACCCACAAUGCUGGGGCCUAUCUCUUUGAUUCCUGCACCUAUGAAUUGUGUAAUAAAGAAUUGGACACUGUCAGAUAUCCUGGAAUAACGAGUACUGUGCGAGGAUACUUGUGUUAUACGCCUGAAGACUCACGUCAUCUAGCCAUAGCAGGCUGGAACUAUCCCAAUGCUCCGAUCCUUAACACCGAUGUGAGAGCUCGCAAUGAUGCCAACAGUGUGAAGGUUGUCGAGAGAGCGAAUAUUGCUUUGCCAGGAUCUCCUCAGACUCAGAGUAAUGCUAAAAUAACGAUAGAGAGCAUCAAUUUGGAAGUGCCACAUAUCACACCCAACGAUGACAUAAAGUUGCAGCUGUUGACACGUAUCAAAGCAGAUGAGUCUAUGAUGAUACCGUUUCGCCGAUGGGAAUUGCACGAGCUACCAGCACUCACACAAGGAUCUACCAUAGAAAUCUGGUCCGUCAAGACAUGUUCGGCAUUGGACAGUCCAAGAUAUAUUAUAGUAUUUUUCCAAACGAAAAAAGCCGAUAAUUUGCAUGAAGACGUCACCUUAGACCAAUAUGCCGACGCCCACUUCAACUAUACAGAGUUCAACAAGAGCUACAAUAACUGUCAAGAAAAGCGCUCUCUAGUAAACUUUGCCGAAUUCAGAUCCCGACCAAUGUUUGUUAUCGAUUGCUCGAGGCGCUAUCUGGGUCUGAAGUCGUCAACAGUUGACAUAAAGUUGGACAUUGAAGCGACUACAAGCUUCCCUCCCGACACCAAAGCAUAUUGCAUCAUCAUUCACGAUCAAAUCAUGGAACAUCUCCCACUCAGCGAAAUUGUUCGAAAUAUUGCCUAG